AUGGGUUCUAGUAGAGAUGGUGAAAGCCCCAAGAAAAAUGAUUCAAAAAUCAGACUGUCUACCGUUUCUUCAGCGAGUAAGAAGAAAACCCUUAUGGUCGAGACUACUAUUAAUGGGAAAAACAAACUUUGUAUAGUUGACACUGGCGCAUCUAUUUCAUUAGUUAGUAAAGACCAGUGGCAACCUCUUAAACUGGAUGAUACCCCAUUAUUUCCAUCCGAUAUUGUUGCAGAAGCCGCUAACAAUUCUCCCAUUGGGAUUUUGGGCAAAACCACCUUGAAUGUGCAAUUUGAUGAAAACAACAAGUCAUCUCAUGACUUUUAUGUGGCUAAUGAAAUGGUGUCUGAAAUUAUUCUGGGUUUAGAUUGGUUAGUAACUAAUAAAGUAAAUGUCGAUAUGGCUGAAAUGGUUUUGAAAUUCCCAGAUGGUACCACAAAACCCUUGUGUUUAUUUGAUUCAACCAUAGCAGAUCCCCUGGGCGUUGUUCUAGAUGAGGAUUUGGUUGUUCCGGCGAAACAUGAAGUUUUCAAAACUGCCAGGGUCCGAAAUCCCACUUUAAAUGAAAGCAUCUUAGAGCCUAAUAUGAAUUUAUCCGAGAAAGGUGUUCUUGUAGCAAGAGUUAUUGUACAGCCAAAAGAACAGAGGGUACCCAUCCAGAUUAUUAAUCCAGGGACAUCACCUAUUAAGUUGUACAAGGGCAUGACGGUUGGGCACCUUCAGCAAGUUGGUGAUGAGUUAAGAGACCCAACAUUUAUUAAUUCAAAGUGUGGUACACCAUCUGCUGAGGAUAAGAUCAAAUUUGAGUUAGAGCAUCUGUCGGGUGAGGAGCGAGAGAGGAUGGAAAAUUUGUUGAAUAAACACCAAGAUAUUUUCGCAAAAAAUUCUAGUGAACUUGGCGUAACCACACUAGCAGAGCAUAAGAUUGAGACAGGCGAUGCCGUACCUGUUAAACAACUGCCUCGAAGACUGCCCAAUUCUCUGAGAACCGUUGUUGAAGACCAAGUAGAAGAAAUGUUGGAAAACAACAUAAUUAAGCCGAGUAAUUCACCAUGGUCAAGUCCUAUAGUCUUAGUUCGAAAGAAAGAUGGGACAUGGCGGUUUUGUAUUGAUUUCAGGAAACUAAAUGAUGUCACAGUGAAAGAUGCUUUCCCACUUCCCCAGGUUGCUGAUUUGAUGGAUAACUUAGCUGGUCAUCAGUAUUUUUCGACACUCGACCUAGCCUCGGGAUAUUGGCAGGUUCCAGUUGACGAAUCUAGUCAGGAGAAAACAGCUUUCGUGAUCCCAGGGGGUGGUCACUUUGAAUUCCUGCGUAUGCCCUUUGGCCUAACGAAUGCUGUGCCCACGUUCCAGCGACUUAUGCUUACUGUGUUGAAUGGUCUUUUGCCACUCAAGUGUCUGGUUUACUUAGAUGAUGUUUUGGUCGUGGGUCGCACGUUUGACCAACAUUUGGAGAAUUUGGACGAUGUCUUGCAGGCUAUAGACAAAGAUGGAUUGAGACUUAAGUUGUCCAAGUGUAGUUUUGCGAAGCCAAGUGUGGAUUUCUUGGGUUUUACCGUUUCUGCUGCUGGUCUGGCCCCAAAUGUGACCAAAGUUGAAGCAAUCCGUGCUUUUCCUACCCCACAGAAUCUCACUGAGUUGCGACGUUUCCUGGGUAUGACCUCUUACUACAGGCGUUUUAUUUCUGGUUUCAGUGACAUUGCAGGUCCUCUUCAUCGUCUGACGCAAAAAGGUGUCCGCUUUGAUUGGGACAAGAACUGUCAACGAGCGUUCGAACAACUGAAAGAACAACUUAUAUCUGCCCCUGUUUUGGCAUUUCCUGACUUAAAUGGAGACUAUAUAUUGUAUACGGAUGCGAGUGAUGUGGGCAUAGGCGCAGUGCUGACCCAAAAGGAUGAAAAUGAGGAAGAAAAAGUGGUUUCUUUUGCAUCUAAGGCAUUUUCGGGUGCUGAAAAGAACUGGACAACAACAGAAAAGGAAGCAUUUGCAGUGGUCUGGGUUUUACAAUACUUUCACCCAUAUGUAUAUGGGAGAAAGGUCACCAUAUAUACUGAUCAUAAGGCUUUGAAAUGGCUUCGAGACAUCAAACAUCCAAAUGGUAAAUUAGCUCGUUGGAUCUUAAAAUUGGAAGAAUAUGACUAUACGAUAGAACACCUACCUAACACGAAAAUGCAGCAUGCGGAUGCCUUGUCUCGUGCACCUGUGAACACUAUCUUGGUUUCGAUGUCAACCUGGCAAGAGUUUGAAGACAUGCAAACGUUCGACGAGGAUAUUCAGUUGGUUAAAGAAUGGGUGCAAAGUGGUUCUAGACCAGAUCAAAAACCGGUUGAUGUGAGUGUAACUCUAGAUACAUUAUACAAGAAUUUUGAUUCAUUGGUUGUCAAAAAUCAUGUCUUAUGUCGAAAGUGGACUGAUAAGACAGCAAAGGAACGAGAGCAAAUUGUGGUACCUACCUAUCUAACUCCUAACAUACUGAAAGAAGCCCACUGUCAAGUUGGACAUUUAGGCGUUGCAAAAACGUUUGAGAUGAUUCAACGGAAGUUUUAUUGGCCUGGAUUCUUUAAAGCUGUUGAAGAAUUUUGUAGAAAUUGUGAAGUUUGUUCCAAAAAUAAAGCAGUACCUAGGCCGCGGAGUCCGAUGAAGCCAAUCGAAGUGAUACCCAUACCAUUUUAUAUGAUUGGUGUAGACAUUAUUGGUCCAUUAAAAACAACUAGUAAAGGAAACAAAUACAUUUUGUCAGUCGUUGAUUACUACACAAAGUACGCAGAGGCAGUAGCAUUGCCAAAUCAAGAAGCAGUUACAGUUGCGAGAGCCCUGGAGGACAUCUUUGCUAGACAUGGAAUGCCCUCAGUCCUACUAACAGAUCAAGGCAGUAAUUUUGAGUCCAAAGUGAUUGCAAGUCUAUGUGAAAUGUUUGGAAUUGAAAAGAGACGGACUACAGCCUACCAUCCCCAAACAGACGGGUUAUGCGAGCGGUUUAAUGGUAUUUUGAAAUCCUUGUUGAGAAUGAGAGUAAACAAAGAGAAAAAUGAUUGGGACGAGCAGCUGCCACAUGCGUUACUGGCUUAUCGGGUUAGUACGCAAUCCUCUACGGGUGUGACACCAUUCGAAAUGUUAUAUGGUAGAGAAGUGAGAUUGCCAUUUGGAACGGAUCAAGAAAAACUGGUAUCUAGCCCAACACAUGGUCCAGCCAAAUAUGUUGAAGAGUUAAAGAAGAGACAAGAUAUUCUCCGGAAAUUGGUUACUAAAAGGAUCGAGAAAGCGCAAGAGAAGCAGAAACGUAGUUAUGAUUUACGAUAUCGAGCACAACAAAACAAGCGGUUUUACAUGGGGGACACUGUUCUAUUAAAGAAUUUUCGAGCGCGAGGUUUAGAUGAAAAGUAUACAGGUCCUUACAUCAUUGUUAACAUUCGAGAGAACGAUUGCGAGAUAGAGUCAUUGGAAAGCAGAAAGCGUAAAGUUGUACAUGCGAAUAAUCUAAGACGGUUUGUCGUAGAAACAGUUGCUAAUCCAUUGGGUGAGGAAUCGGAAGACAUGCUAAGUUCUGAUUCGGAUGAGUCUACGAUUGAACUUAUUAAUGAGCGUGCUGGAGUACGUUUAGCACCACGUGGAAUCGAUGAUCAAGCAGAACCAUUAAAUUUACGUUAUAACUUAAGACAGAAUCGAAGACAACCCGAUCGUUAUGGAGUACCUGUGUUGGAUUAUUAA